UUCCGCUAUCAUCGCUAAAUAUCAAUCACUACCGAAGCCAUUUCUCCCUAACACUAAUUUAAUUACAAUAUCUCACUAUUUUGUAGGUUGAGUUUUUCACUAUUUCUCCCUACUCUCAAUUUAACAAAUUCCCUAAUCCCAUCAUACACCCACUAAUACUACCACAAUUGUAAUACUCCUUCACUAACCUAUGUGGUAAAUUCAAUAUAUAUAUAUAUAUCAUGACUACCUUAAUUCCAGCAUCAAGUGCUUGUUAUAAUUUACAAUUACCACCAACAGAAAAGGAUGAAAGACUUAAUUUAAAUGUUCGGACUGGAUCUGCAUCUACAUUAUAUAAUUCAUUAGUAUUAACCUUUGGAGGAUUAACUAUUGGACUUGAAAUUUAUAAUUGGACAAUUGAAGAAAUUCAAAAUACUUUUUAUGAUAAAGUAUCAACUUCAACAUCUAAAUAUAAAACAAUUGAAAAAUAUCUUUCAGGAGAAUUAUUUUAUCUUAGUUUAAUUGAAAGAACUUGGACAAGAGUUGAUUUUAAUAAUAAUAAAGAUAUUUUAAGACCUAAACCAAGAUUACUGCAUCAAAUAUGUUGUAUAAAUAAUUGUUUAUAUUUAUUUGGAGGAUUAAUACUUAAUGGUAAUGAUCUUUCUGAAUCAUUAAUUCCUAUAAAUGAUUUAUGGCAAUUUAAUUUAGAAACAAAAGUUUGGACUUUACUUCAUGAUGGUAAUGGUUAUGAAAAUGAUCCAACAAUCCCUAGUCCAAGAUAUAAUCAUAAAAUGACUCCAAUAACUAGUCUUUCAUUUGUUAAUCGUAAAGAUCAUUUUGGAAUAUUUAUUGCUGGAGGUAAAGAUUCUAAUUCAAAAUCAAUUUAUGAUAAUUUAAUGUUUGAUUUAGUAGAAAAGAAAUAUGUUGGAUCUCAACCAAUUUAUUUAAAGACAAGUUCAGGUAGUGAAAUUAAAGAUGAACAUCUUGGACUUGAUUAUGUUAUAUCUAAUGCUGAUCAUCAUUUAAAUGUCGAUUUCUUAGAUGGUAUGAUUUUAAGUUUUAGUGAAGAAAUUGAACAUCAUUCAUCAUCUCCUCAAGCUCAACCUCCACCAACUCCCAAUUCAAAUUCAAAUUCAAUUACAAAUCGUAAAGAAUCAAAACCUUCUGGUAAAUUAAAUGAAGUUAAUAUAACUUCAAUACCAGAAGAAUCAAUUAUUGUUUAUGCUCCAUCUAAAGAUCAAUCAGGUAAAAAUUCUUUACAUAAUCCUUUAUUAUCAUUUAAAUUAGGUAAACAUAUAAAAUCGGCUAGACCUUUACCAGUUCAUAAAAAGAAAAUAUUAAAACAUGAUAAAUCUAAAGAAAGAAGUCCAUUACUUCAAACAGUUCCAUUUAAUUUAAAAUAUCCUACUGGAGGUUUAUUUGGACAAAAUAUUGUUAUAACGGGAUUUUUACCAGGAGAUUUUGAUAUUUCAAUUUUUAUAUAUAAUAAACCAACAGGUAAAUGGUCAAGAUUAAAUGUAUUUUGUAAUCAUGAUUAUGGAUCUCAUAGAUUUUGGGGAGGAUUUGCUUGGCAAUCUCAUCAUAAAGUUGUAUUACUUGGGAAUUAUUUAACUUCAAGAACUACUAGUAGUAUAAGAUUUUUUACAGUAAUGAUUACUGUAAGUUUACCAAUAACAAAUAUUCUUGCCAGUUCAGAAUUAGCCAGUGAACAUCAUCAAGUUGGUAAAAGAUUUCUUCGAAGAAUAUCUCGAAAUUCUUUUUCUUCAGGUAAGACAGGUGAUGAAAUACCUACUGAUGAAGGUACAAGUAGUAGUUCAUCAAUUGAAGAUAUUAGUGAAGAUGAAUUUGAUGAAGAUGAUGAUGAUAAUGAUAAUGAUAAUGAUAAUUAUGAUGAAUUAUCAGAUAUUGAAACUUCUAAUAAUGGAAUUAAUGGAUCUAAAGGUAGAAGAAUAUCUAAUUUAUCUCAAAGUAGUGGAGCUACAUCUCCUACUACUAUAUCAUUUAGUGAAUAUGUUCAUUAUGCUGCUCCUAAAAUUAAUUUUACUAAUAUUAGAGCCGUAUUCCCUCCAGCUGCUAUAACUUUAGGUAGAAAUGCCUUUGAUAGAUAUGGAGAUUUAAUAUCAGAUUUUGAAUUAGUAUCAUGUACUGGAGAUAGAAUCCCCGUAACUUUAAUUGUUCUUAUGGAAAGAUGGGGUAGUUAUUUUAUAAAAUUACUUGCUCGAGGUUAUAUACAAGCAGUAGCUAAAUUUGAAGCAGAUCAAGCUUCAGGAAUCUUUAAUGAAGAUAAAGGAAGAUUAAGAACUUCUAAAAGUACAGGAGGUGCAAGUACAUCUUCUAGUACAGGAGAUUCACCAACAAAACUUAAAUUAUCAGAAUCAACUAAUUCUCCAUUAAAUGAUUCAGCUUCAGGAGAUUCGAAUUCAUCUCGUGAUGAAAGUUCAAAGGAUAAAUUGUAUUUAUCUAUUCCAGUACCUCCAACAUCCACUACAAAGGAUGCACCACAAUUUAGAAUCCCCUUUCAAGAUUCUCCUACUUCAUCAUCAAUAAAUCUUGAAAAGAAUGAACAAAUUCAAAUUCAAAUUCAAAAUCAAAAUCAAAAUGAUGAUAAUGGACCUCCAUUGGCUCCCUCUACUGAAGAAACUUCUUUACCAUUAAAUGAUGAUCAUGAAGGUAAUGAACUUGAAGAUGAUAAUUCAGAUAGACCUCCUCUUUUAGCCAGUUUUUCAGCCGUUGAUCCUCAUCUGGUAAGUACUAGAAAAAGUUCUGUUAGUUCAUAUUCUUCAAGUAAUUCAUUAUUAGCAUCUCAAUUACAAGAUAUCCCUCCUCAAUUACCUUUACCAGUGGAUCAAAUCCCGGCUAUUCCAAGUAAUACAUCAUUUAGAGUUUCAUCUCGAAAGAAUUCUCAAGAUUAUAAUUCACCUCGAGCUUCAUUAAUUCAUACAUUAACUGCACUUCGAAAUAUUCCCUUAUCUAAAUCUCCUAAGGAUUCUCCUUAUGCAUCACCUCGAGCUUCAUUAUCAGCUCAAGGUGGUAGUGGAACAAUGAUUGGAUCAGGAGAUUUAAAUGCUUCAACCAUUCCAAAUUUAAGACCUAGUAUUAGUAAACCAAAAUUAGGAGAUCCAGCAAUAAUUUCUGGAGAUCGAGAUAGAGAUAGAGAUCAAGGACCUCAUAAAAAUCCAUCAAUAUCAACUAUCCAUUCUGAUCAAUUUUCAGGAAUUUCUUCUGGUAAAGAUAGUUAUGAAGAUGAAUAUUCUGAAUCUAAUAUUUCAGAACAUGAUGAAAAUAUUCAAAGUGGAAUAUUUGAUAAUGCUUUAUUAAAUUUUGAUAAUUUAGAUAGUGAUAAAUUUAAAAUGGAACCUUCAUUAAUUCCUCGAAAAUUAUAUGUCCCAUUUUCAACUAUAACUAUUAAAGCAUUUUGUGAAUAUUUAUAUACUGGACAAGUGGGGAAUAAAUGGUUAUUAUCUCCAACAGCAUUAGAUAAUUUAGCAAUUGCAAAAUUCUUUAAAGUUCCAUUAUUAUAUGAUUUAAUUAGUGAAGUUUUAUUUGGAAUUAUUGGAAGAAAAGAAGCUUAUAUAAUUAGACAAGGUAAUAAAUUAAAGAGAAAAUUCUUUAAACUUUUAGAUAUGACAAAUACUACAUUAGAUCCAGAAUUUAAAUUUCCCUUAGAUGAAUAUGAAGGAUUUAUGGAUACAGUUGAUGAUGGAUAUUUAGAUAUAGCUUUAUUAAAGAAAACUUCUAAUAUUAAUAAAGCAUCAGUUAUAUCUUUAGGAGGACCUAAAAGAAAAAAAUCAGUGGCUACUAUAUCUCGUCGAGCAUCAUUAAAUGAUGUAAUUACUGAAAAUGAAGGAGAAGAAGAAGUAGAAGUAGAAGAAUCACCAAAAUCAAAAGAAAUAGUUGAAUCUAUAAGUAAAGAAGAAACAGAUUCAACUGAUGAAUCUUCAGAUAGAAAAUUUGCUUCAGAAGAAGAUGAAUUUGAAUUAGGAUUUCUUAAUGCACCGGAAAUCCCCACUUCAGGAGUUGGACCAAGAUCAAAAUCUGUAUUUGAUAGAUCUCAUGCAAUUUAUAAUGAAUUUCCUCAAGGUUCAGGAUCAGGAUCAGGAGUUAAUGAUGGAGAUGAUGAAAAGGAUAAAGCUGCAAGAUUAACUCUUGAACAAUUGGUAUUACCUGAUUCUGAAGUUCCAUCUGAUUAUGUAAUUGAUUUAAUUUAUGAAUCAGCUGCCAUUGUCACUGAUUUAAAAUUAAUGUUAAGAGCCGCAAAUGUUCGAUUAAUGAAUAAAAAUUUACAAGAAUGUAAAAUUGAUAUUGAAGAAAGAAUUGAAAAAUUAAAGGAAAAGUAUGAGAAUCAAAAUAAUAAUCAAAGUCAUAUUAUUCCAACUUCAAGUCCUCGACCAAUAUCUCAAAGAUCAAUUCUGAUACCUCCAGAAGAUGGAUUAUCACAAAUUAGUUCAUUAUCAGGAUCAAGAAAUUCAGGUCCAUUAAUUGAAGCAUUAACUGCUAUAAGUCCUUCCCAUUCUGGAAUUGAUUUAAAACCUUCAGGAUCUCAAUCAUCAUUAAAUACUAUUGGAUCAUUAAGAAAUAAUCCAUCACUUGAAAAGAUUAAAUCUAAUACAAGUUUUAGAGGUAUUAGUGGAUUAACACCAUUUAAAACUCAAAAAUCAGAUAAAGAUUUUGAAAAGAGAUUUAAUAAAGUUCGAGCUAAAACUGAAGUAUAUCCAUCACAUAAUAAAGAAGCUAAAAAGAGAGGUAAAUUAUUUUCAAGUAGUACAACUAAAUUAAGUGAACAUCAUCAUAGUUCUCCAACUCCAUCAAUUGCUUCUACAUCAAGUAAAAAGCAUCAUGGAUUAUUUCAUUUAACAUCUUCUAAAAAGAAGGAUGCUGAUGAUUCAUCACUUGAGUCAACUAAAUUAAGUACUACACAAUCAUCUGCUAGUAUAAAUUCAGAUGGUACUAAUGGUAAAAAGAAGCAUGGAUUAUUUAAGUUUAAGCGAUAAAAUAAUAAUGUAUUUAUAGAAAAUAUUAGUAUAGUAUAUAAUAGUAUAGUAGUAUAAUAUAUAAUAGUAUAG